CGAAGCUCUGCCUCCGCCGAAGCUCUUCUCUCUCUCGCCGGCGGCUUGCUCUGCAACGGUGCAGCACGGCAACGACCCCAAGUUGGAAAAUCGCCCUGACUCCGUUUCUGGCUUUCUGCUUCUGCUGUAGGCUUGUAUACUAAAGUUGGAGAAACUGAGAGAGAUAAUAGAGGAGAAGAUAUUUUCAUUAACACUACAAAAUUUGUCUCCUAGCUUGAUGAUCAAAUGGUGAAGAUUCAAUAAAAGGGUGUUUUCUUUUUCUUGAUUAAUCUCUGGACAAUUGAUUAUUCUGGGUCAACCGGUUCAUCCACUGACCCACCCGUUGAACCACUCCCAGAGCAAAACUGUCAUUUGCUGUAACUGAAAUAACGGAUUUCGUUUUUGCUUUCCAUGCCGCGUUACAAAGAUGAUCCCCCUGCCAUUCGUGUCUACACUGUUUGUGAUGAAUCUCGGUAUUUGAUUGUGAGGAAUGUUCCGUCGUUGGGCUGCGGAGAUGAUCUAAAACAAUUGUUUUCAUCCUAUGGAGAAGUAGAAGAGUGUAAGCCAAUGGAUGCGGAGGACUGUGAGCCAUUCACUGAUGUCUAUUGGAUCAAAUUCCGUCUUUUCAGCAAUGCCAGGUUUGCUAAAAGAAAAUUGGAUGAUUUUGUUUUCCUUGGGAAUCGACUGCAGGUUUCAUAUGCUCCUCAAUUUGAGACGCUCUCUGACACAAAGGAUAAGUUAGAGGGGAGAAGAAGAGAGGUUUUGGCACGACUAAACCCUAGAAGAUCCAAAGAGAUUGGAGCGCCCUCAAGCUCGAAAACUAUGAGAAAGAGUGAGGUAGUUGCUGUUUCCUCAAAUACCAGUUUCGUAUCGGCACAUUUGGAUCAUAAUGAAAGAGGCAGUUCACGCGUUGGUAAUCUUCCAAUAACAACGGUCUCCUCUAAUCAGGAUUAUUUUCCUUCUGAUUCCAUGAAUCAAACAGUGAGACUUGUCCGGGAUAAGCUUGAUAAGAUUCAAGCCAGUGGGGAGCAUCCACAAGCUGGACCUGCAUCCAAGAAAGCAAGAGUUGAUAACAGGAGGAGGAUUUAACAAUCGCAAAAUUGUUGGUGUUCCCGUGAUUUUAUUUGCCGUUGCCUUAAUCGAAUGAACUCCACUUAAGAUAUGAUUUCAACUCAAGUACACAUAGUAGCUCAAUCCCAAAGUGUCUUGGCAAUUUUGAUUUCUUAUCUUCAAGUUUACUUCCGCAAUUGGAAUCUGAGGCACUUAGAGCCACUCAAUCCUGCGAGGGUCAUCCAGUUAUAGUAUUAUACUGUAAAUGAAGAAGUGAAGAUUGGUAGUAGCUAGCAAGAACUUCACCAAAUUAUCAGUCACCAUGCAAUUGUUUGGUGGGCGUGUUCUUUUCCAAGUCAGGCCAUCUUGUAAGAAAGCUUAUUAUUUGAACUGUGGUCAAUGUGGUUUCAUCUGGAAUAGCAAUGAUGCAAGUUGCCAUAAGGAAAACACCUGUGACCAACCAAGCACUUUUGCCUAGUGCCUAUAAAGUAUAAACCAUUGUCUUUAACUUA